AAGCCGGAGAGUUCGUUUCAGUUUGGAGUUGCAUUUCAAACGGACAAUAAGUCAGUCUGCGACGCGCAGCGCUAGUAAGCACAAGUAACUUUCUGUCGAAAUAGAUUCCCCUUCGGUUCGAAUCGAAACCCCAUAACUAUACACUAAAUAGUGUGUGCUGUGCAGUGUGUGAACUACGUGACUUUCGACAUAUCUACAGCCACCACCGUAUUUCAAACGAGACACGAAACUCACAAGAGAGUGCAUUCGCAUCGAAUCCAAAAAAGUGUAACUGUAUUUGUGGUGUUGAGCUCUGCACGCGAUAGCAACGUGACGACAAGAAGUGCGAUAGUUAAUUUCAAUCAAUUUGAAUUUGCGACCGAAGUUAGCAACCGUUCGUAAAAAUGCCCCGUCCAGUGAAGUUCUUCUACGAUCUGCUGUCGACGCACUCGAGAGCCCUCUACAUGUUCUUUGAGGCCACCAAAAUCCCGUACGAUCCGAUUCCGGUUUGCGCCACCAAAGGCGAGCAUCUGACCGACGAGUACCGCGAGUGCGUCAACCGCUUCCAGCAAGUACCCAGCAUCAUCGACGAUGGCUUCAAAUUAUCCAACGGCGUCACCAUUCUCAAGUACCUGAUCCGUGAGAAACUAAUCCCGGAACACUGGUACCCUCGCGAUAGCCAACUGCGAGCCAAGAUCGAUGAAUAUCUCGAGUGGCAGCACGACAAUAGUUCAAAGGUGUGCAAUGCCUUUGUCCAGGAAAAGUGGAGCCUCCUGAACAUCGAAGACGAACGCUCCAGCGAACAGAAAGUCGAGGAAUACCGCCGCCAGAUGGAGCAGAACCUGAAUCAGCUGGAACGGGAAUGGUUGGUGCCCGGACGGUUCAUCAUUGGCGAUCGGAUUACCAUCGCGGACAUUCUGGCCGCUUGCGAGAUCGAGCAGCCUAAGAUUGUCGGCAUGGAUCCGUUCCAGGGAAGACCAAAGCUAGCGGCCUGGCUCGAAAAGGUGCGUUACACCAUGACGCCCUACUACCAGGAAGCACACCAGGACUUUUACAAGUUCACCGAGAAAGCCUCGGUGAAGAAUUGAAUGGGAAGAUUUAUGGACUUGCCGGUUGCCGGGUGGAGAGUGGAUAGUCGACGAUCUCAAGGUCGUCGUUUUGUAAUGAGUUAGACUUCUAGAUGUAUUAUAUACAUUUAUAACUUAGCAUUGUAUAUUUAGUCGAUAUUAACCAGUUAAGUUUUCUAGUCGAUAAGUGCUUUAAGAUUAUGUCAAUAAAAUGGAAAUGACUCUUUA